AUGAGUGCCAGCCGUGCCUCUAAGGCGGCCGCUGCCCAACACCACCAGGCCCAGCAAGACGCUGCGGUUGCCCAGGCCCUCGAAAUUGCUCGAGAAAGUCCCGACGGCGCCUCAGAUCCAACCGUCAGCACCAUCCUUGAGCAGGCUCUGCAGCAGAUCUGGCGCAAGGUCGAAGCCCAGCCCGACUCUUACAUCAUGUCACGCGACGAGUUUGCCGUCUUCAACUUCUUCCAGCACCGCUUCAACGGCAACAAGAUGGCCGUCACAGCGCGCAAGCGAUACUGGGACCAUACCAGAGUCGAGUGCUGA